CCGGGGCAGCACGGGGGAGGGGCGGGGUCACUCUGAGACGAGCACUGCGGAGGGGCUGGCUGGAGGCGCUGCGGGGAGCCUGCCACGCAGACACCCCCCACCUCAGUUGGCGACGUGCUGCCCCCCAGCCUCAGCCGCCAUGCCCCUGGCCCGCAGCGUCUCUGUCACCUCCCUGACGGGGCUGGAGGACUGGGAGGAUGAGAUCGACCUGGAGAACGCCGUCCUCUUCGAGGUGGCUUGGGAGGUGGCCAACAAAGUCGGGGGUAUCUACACGGUGCUGCAGACCAAGGCCAAGAUCACGUCGGACGAGUGGGGGGAGAAUUACUUCCUGCUGGGGCCCUACCUGGAGCAGAACGUGCGCACCCAGGUGGAGCUGAUCGACCCACCCCACCCGGCCGUGCGGCGCACCAUCGAUGCCAUGAAUGCCAAGGGCUGCAAGGUGUACUUUGGGCGCUGGCUCAUCGAGGGAGGCCCCUAUGUGGUGCUGCUGGAUGUGGGGGCCACGGCCUGGAGCCUGGACCGCUGGAAGACGGAGCUGUGGGACAGCUGCACCAUCGGGGUGCCCUGGUACGACCGGGAGGCCAACGACGCUGUUCUCUUCGGCUUCCUCACCGCCUGGUUCCUUGGCGAGUUCGUGGCUCAGUGCGAGGAGAAGCCAUUUGUCAUUGGCCAUUUCCACGAGUGGCUGGCGGGCAUCGGGCUCAUCCUCUGUCGUACCCGCAAGCUGCCGGUGGCCACCAUCUUCACCACGCACGCCACGCUGCUGGGGCGGUACCUCUGUGCGGGCAGUGUCGACUUCUACAACAACCUGCACGCUUUUAACGUGGACAAGGAGGCCGGGGACCGGCAGAUUUACCACCGUUAUUGCAUGGAGCGGGCUGCCGUGCACUGCACCCACGUCUUCACCACCGUGUCCCAGAUCACGGCUGUGGAGGCCGAGCACCUGCUCAAGAGAAAACCUGAUCUGGUGACCCCCAACGGCUUGAAUGUCAAGAAGUUCUCUGCCAUGCACGAGUUCCAGAACCUCCACGCCCAGAGCAAGGCCCGCAUCCAGGAGUUCGUCCGGGGGCAUUUCUAUGGGCACCUGGACUUUAACCUGGACAAGACCCUGUUCUUCUUCAUCGCCGGGCGCUACGAAUUCUCCAACAAGGGGGCCGACAUCUUCCUGGAGGCGCUGGCCCGGCUCAACUACCUGCUCCGGGUGAAUGGCAGCCAGGUGACUGUGGUGACCUUCUUCAUCAUGCCGGCUCGCACCAAUAACUUCAACGUGGAGACCCUCAAGGGGCAGGCCGUGCGCAAGCAGCUCUGGGACACGGCCAAUGCCGUGAAGGAGAAGUUCGGGAAGAAGUUGUACGAGUCGCUGCUGGUCGGGAACCUCCCCGACAUGAACAAGAUGCUGGACAAGGAGGAUUUCACCAUGAUGAAGAGAGCGAUAUUCGCCACCCAGCGUCACUCCUUCCCCCCCGUCUGCACCCACAACAUGCUGGACGACUCUACGGACCCCGUUCUCAACACCAUCCGGCGCCUCGGGCUGUUUAACAGCAGCGCUGACCGCAUCAAGGUCAUCUUCCACCCUGAGUUCCUCUCUUCCACCAGCCCCCUGCUGCCUGUGGACUACGAAGAGUUCGUCCGGGGCUGCCACCUAGGGGUCUUCCCCUCCUACUACGAGCCGUGGGGCUACACGCCAGCUGAAUGCACCGUCAUGGGGAUUCCCAGCAUCUCUACCAACCUCUCCGGGUUCGGUUGCUUCAUGGAAGAGCAUAUCGCCGACCCGUCGGCCUACGGGAUCUACAUCCUGGACCGGCGGUUUCGGGCGCUGGAUGACUCAUGCACCCAGCUGACGUCCUUCCUGUACAGCUUCUGCCAACAGAGCCGGCGCCAGCGCAUCAUCCAGCGCAACCGUACUGAGCGCCUCUCUGACCUGCUGGACUGGAAGUACCUGGGCCGGUAUUACAUGUCCGCCCGACACAUGGCGCUCGCCAAGGCCUUUCCUGACAACUUCACCUAUGAGCCUCCGGAGGAGACAGCGGCCCAGGGAUUCCGCUACCCCCGCCCGGCCUCCGUGCCCCCUUCGCCCUCCAUCUCCCGCCACUCCAGCCCCCACCACAGCGAGACGGAGGAAGACGACGAGCGCUACGACGAGGAGGAGGAGGCGGAGAAGGAUCGGCGCAACAUCAAGCCCCCGGCCAUGACGGGCCCUGUCCCCGAGUGGCGCAAGCCGCCCAGGAAGGGCUGCAGCGAGGCCAGCACCUCCUCCAAUGCCUCCACCCCCACCAUGCCCUCCAGCCCCAGCGACCUCAGCAGCCCCACCAGCUCCAUCAACGAGGAGAGGAACUAGGGGGGCAUCUAGACUGGUCUAGAACUAGGGGGUGCCCCCCCAGGCACAACAGUUGUAAGCAAUCCCCGUCCUCUGCUUCUGGCUCUCCCUCUAGAACCCACCUUCCCUUUUGCUGGGUUCUAGAUUGCAGGUGCUAGGUUCUAGAUCGUUCAAAACGCGGGGCGACCCCCCCACGUGAGAUGAUCAUCCCCUUCCUGCCCCCUAUCCUCUGGUUCUGGCUCUCCCUCAGGACCCUCAAAGCGAUGGGUUGUUUGUGUUCUAGAUCAAUGGCAUGGAUGUUCUAGAGUACACUCUCCAAGGUGCUCCAGGACCCUUUGGGCUAUGGGCUCUGGCUUGCCCAUCCAAACUGUCUAGAACAACUUCCAUGUUGUCUGCAGCACUCUGGAUGGUACUAGUGUUUGCAGCUGCCAACAUUUGGAGGGGGAGAUGGGGGCUCUUGAAUGGUUUGGGCUAGGAGCGAAGUCAGGUGCUGUCUAGGGAGAGCCCUGGUCUGGAACAGGGCUGGCUCCAUAGUGUAGGAUUGGUCUGGAUCAUUCUAGAAUGCUUAUCACUCCAGGAUGCAGGGCAGCCCUGGGUUUUCAUGUUUGGGAGAUCUAGAUUGUUCUAAAGUUCUGUGUAUUAAAAUGGGGUCUGUGACAUCUAGUAUUGGGCAUGCCCCUCAGGGAUGUAGGGUACCCAUAUAUGAUUCUGGAGUGCAGCAUCGGGUGAUGUUGGGGGUUCUAGAGCAGUCUAGAAUGGGGCCUGCUGUAAGAUGUUGAUUGGAUUGUUCUGGAGUGAUGUGACAGAUGGGGGUUCUGGAGCUGUUUAGAAGGAGGGGCAGUCUAGAAUGUGACCCUGCUACCGAGUGCGGUGACAUCUGAACCAUUCUAGAUCCCUCUAGAACUCAGUGCAAUGAAGGAGUUGGGGCCAUAUGUAGAAAUCCACAUUGUCAUGGUCUAGAUCAUUCCAGAACAUUGCAUGGUCACGAGACAUUGAAUGGUGUUGGGUGUUCUGGAGGGGACGUCUUGAAUGGCGUCUCUGGGAAGGGGGAAGCACAGGCGGGUGCUGUGAACGAAGGGAGAUGAGUCGGUUCCUGACUUCUGGAAUGAGCUCCACCUAGAUCAUUCUAGAACAGCGUGUGCUGGGGGUCCCGGCCUUCUCGAAGUGGUCUGCAGCACUACUGUGGUCUGGCGAGCAUAGCCGAGGAAAGAGGUGGUCUAGAUCAUUCUAGAGCAUUGUGUGUGGGAUGGAAAGAGGCUGUCGGGGACCGGGUUCUAGAUCAUUUUAGCAGUGUCAGGGUGUGUGCUGGAGGCCCAAGCUGCCUGGCACAUGUUCUAGGUUGUUGGAAGUCGCUAGACACCAGCAUGGCUGGGCUGGGCUGGAACAUCUUGCAGGGUUUUGAUUCUUCUCGGAGGUUUGGGAUUUGGUUGCUGGGUUCUAGAUCACUCCAUGCUCCUGCUGCGGGGGCUGCUCUAGAACAUCGCCUGCUCUGGGCCAAUGAUGGGGUUGCAGGAAGGCUCCAGGCUGCUGCAUGCGGGUGCAGUCUGCUCCAUGUGUGUCCCCACCUCAUCCCAGACCGCCAAUAACAGACCAGUCGAGAACACAGCUGCUGGAGAUCUAGAACGCUGCUCCUGCCUGGUGCCAUCUGCUGGGGAGUGGGGUGGUAGGGGUCACACAGCUGCACCUGCUGCUGACAUGCAACCACCUCCGGAGGAGGGGGUCUACACAGGGCUCCCCUUGCCCACCAGUUUCCCAGCAACCCCAAGACAAGGAAAAUCAUGUAUCAAAGCUGUUUGGGCUGCCAUCCCCUGGGCCCCCCGCUCUGUGCCUGGGCUGGGUGUUGCACCCACGGGGGCCUCUGUGGGGUGAGGGCUUCCACCCACCCCCGGGCUCGUGUAUUUUAUUUAUGGCUGUUGCAUAUGUCGUCGCUUGGUUUCAUUUUUGUCCCUCCCAGGCCCUAGGGAGCCGGGCCGGGCCGGGCCUAGGAAUAAACGUCAGCUAAACUCCG